GACAGUCUUGUUUAUUUUGGAACAUUGAUUCAAAGUUUACAUCAGAAAUAUAUAAAUUUAGUUUCGUUUUGAAGGAUUUGUAAAUAUCCCCGAGACACGUGAUAUUGGUAUUGUGUAUUGGUAUUGUAUAUCACCAGAAGUAAAUAUCACAUGUACUGUAUACUGAUAACAACUUGUGGAGGGAGCUAGAAAUAAAAUGGACCCCGCGACAAAGUCUCCGGACCAGGAAGCGCCCACAGGCCUGGUAGUGGAGAGACGUACCCACGCCCUGUCCCAGCUCUUCAAGCUCUCCCUGGUGGCAAUGGGCGUGUCCUGUGUGUCAAUCAUCGUCGGAAUCCUCGUUCUCGUCUACUCCCGAGGAGCCGGGUUUCCCAUCGUCACUGGCGCCCCCGUGUGGUCGGGUGCAGCGGUUCUACUGACCGGUAUACUGGGUGUGUUGGCCUCCAAAUCUGACGUAAACUAUGGUUCCGUUCCACCCCCUAAGGCCCGGUGCUUGUUGAUGGCUCACUACAUCGUCUCCAUCUCCUGCCUGAGUGUCUGUGGGAUCUGUUUUGGCUACUCCCUGGCUGGUCUCUCUGUCUGCCGAGAAGGAGAUCUACAAUGUGGAGUCAACCAUUACCAGGAAGAAAUCCUCAACAUCAUUGCCCUGUGCGUGGCCGUGCUCAUGUUUGUCACUGCCAUCGUCGGCUCCGUGUUCUUCUGUGUAUAUAGGCGACUGUUUGGGCUGUACAAUUUACGAGAGUUACUUUAUCAGGCGAAAAUAGCCGACUUGGAAGGCAGAGUUAGAUCUUUGGAGACUUCGAAUAACCCGGAACAGCAAAGAUUCGGUGGUCAGUACGGGGGGCAGUACAGUUAUAACAGCUUCUCUACCCCUACAGCCCCACCCCCAGCCUACUCCAAAUAAUGCCCGUCCAAUGGACCCGGCAUGGACCUAAUGUGAUUCCAACCUAACAUCCACCUAAUCUUAUGUACCGCGGUCAGCUUCCCAAUCAUGUAUGAGGAUUGAUAAACUAUUAUGAUAUUACCGUUGAUAUUGAGCAUAUACAAAAUGCACCAUAUACUAGUACAUAAAAAUAGUCAUCGGGAAGUCCAGACCAAUCCGUUCUCUGGAAAAAUCAUAUGGUUACCAACACCUGCCAAUCAAAAUUAUCCCUCGGACUCUUUCGGAACAUUUAAAGAUCCACACAUGCUGGUGAUUGUUACUUUUUUUAACAUAUACAUGUAUAGUAUAUAUCUGAUUGAAAUUUACAUCAUAAUAAAAUGUCACAUGCAUAGCAUAUAAAUACCAAGUCUUACAAUGAAUUUCUG